AUGGGCAAUAAACCACCUCCUCCUCCUCAACCACCCAAGACUGUUAAAGAAAUGGUUAAAGAAUUCUCAAGAACAAUUAGAAAAUUGUAAAGGGAAUUUAAUAGAGAGAUUAUGAGAAUGGAAAUGUAAAGCAAGAAGCUUAAGACUGAUUUAGAGAAAUCAGUUAAAGCAAAAGAACCUAAGGCUACGUAAAGAAUGUUAGCAGCAGCUAUAUUAAGAAAUUAGCAAUAUGUUCAAAAAUAUUAGAGACUAGACGCCUAAAUGAAUGAUGUCAUGUUCCAAUUAAACUCAGCAGCAACCACAGAAACAUUAGUAUAAGUGAUGUCAGGAAUGUCAAAGAUGAUGAAGUAGGCAAAUUCAGCCAUAGAUGUCAAGAAUGUUUAAUAGGCUAUCGAGAUAUUUUCGAUAGAGAGCGAAAAACAGAAUUUCUUACAAGAGUAAAUUGGCGAAAUCAUGAAUGAGGACCAGGAUGAGUAUAAUGAUGAAAAUGCUGACAAGUACAUAUAAGAAGUGGAAGCCAAAAUUGCUGGAGCUGGCAAUGGCGGUGGAGGACUUAAAUAGAAUAACCUGAUAUAACCUAUGCAGCAACAACAAUAGUAAUAAUAAGUAAACCCUCAAGAGAAUUUGGACGAUCUAGAUGCCAAACUAAAAGCAUUGUGAGAUAUAUAUAUAUAUCAUCUAAUAAUAUUGUAUUGGUUCA